AUGAGGCUGAUGCUAUCCCAGCUUAGUAUCUUUGAUGUAUUUCCAUGUGAGGGAACAUUUGAAGGAUGUACUGUACCUUUGAUGUAUUUCCAUGUCAUGGGGAAGCAUAAGCUCACUCUGAAGAUCGAGGAGGACUCCAAUCCUCGUGAUAAGUACAUAACCUGGACUAACGAGGCGACAAGGUUUAUGCUUGAAUGGUAUAUCGACCUUCGUAAGGACAAACCUGCAACUUUCAAGUUCAAGAAACAACACCACUUGCAAUGUGCUGAUGCUCUAAAUGGCAAGUUUUCGCUUGGUGUCACUCAAACCCAAGUGGAUCGACACUAUCGUCAAUGCAAGGAGAAGUGGGGCUGGGUGCGUCGUGCCAUGGCCAAUAGUGGAAAUGGCCUUGACAGAACCACUUUCACAUUCACACUUUCUGAGUCAAAAAAGCAAAGACUCAAUAAAACUGCAGUCAAUUAUCUUACCAGACCCAUUAGGUUCUUUCAUCAAUUGGAAGAGUUAUUCUCGGAUCAAUCUCAUGCUGAUGGCUCACUCGCAGUUGACCAAACCACUGUCAAUGUGGAUGAUGGUAGUGAUGACAGCGAGGAUGUGAGGGAACUUGAGGGAAAUCUAAUUCCAGCAGACAGUGAUGAAGCUGACUCUGACACUAUUGAUCGUCGCAGUCCUAAAGUCGACUUGGAUGGCAAUCCAUUAAACAAGAAGCGCAAGUGUGCGUCAUCAUCACCUUCCAAGAAGCCAACCAAGGGCAAAGCAAACAAGAAGGGCAAGGUAUCUAAUGAUGAUAUGGUAACCAGUAUCAAGAAGCUAGCUGAAUCCCUUGCAUCCCCUAUUGUGUCUGUGCAACCAAUGCCACCUGCAGAUCCUUAUGCAAAUCUUUGGAAGCGGAUCAAUGCCCUUACCAUCCCAGCUAAGGAUAAACUUGAGAUUGUUGCCUAUCUAUCCAAGCCAGACCAAGAUAUCUUUCGUAGUUAUCUUAACUAUGCCGAUGAAACAAUUCUUCGAGAGUGGGUCAUUAGCUACUUUGAGCCUCAGUUUCAUGAAGGUGGCAAUGAUGGAUCUGCGGCUGCUCACUGA